CAACUUCCGGUUUCUGCACUGUGCAACUAUUACAGUUGCAUUUUUAAUUAACGAUGCCAAGUACUUGUUGUUGUGAACCUGGAUGUCAUUUAAGAGGAGGACAUGCAUUUCCAAAUGACUUAAAAAGAAGGAAAAGUUGGAUCAACGCCAUGGCCCAUACGCAGAUUGGACGAGAACACGAUGAAAUCGUGGAGUCCAUCUCAAUCAGCUGUUGUUUGCAAGGCACAUUUUACUGAAAAAGACUACGUGAAGGAAACUAUUCAUGGGCACAAACCCACCAUACAGAGACUUAAGUCUACUGCCAAUCCCAGCCUAUUUUCCUGGACCAAGCAAGAGACUGAAUCGUCCGCAAAAAGAAAAAUCAGGGCAGUUUCCUGUGAAAACAAAAGAACUAAACUUGAUGAAAAUUGUAGUAGAAAUCUAGAGGAAAGUUUUGAUUGUAAAGUUGGUUUUCCUGAAGAAGUAAUUCAUACUGCAGACAGGAUUUAUGACUGUCCACCACCAACUGCCGAGCUAAUGUUGAGCUUCACAGAUGGAAUUACGCAAACACCAUCAAUGCCUAUAUUUUCAGCAGAGAAUUUUGAAAUGAAGACACGUGACACAGCCAUGCAUUUUUAUACCGGUUUAGAGUUGUAUACUAAAUUUUUAUUUGUUUUGACCACACUUGGUCCAACAGCACAUUGUUUGAGAUACAUAUAUUUUCAAAUUGAUAGGGUGUCAUUUGAAAAUCAGUUUUUUUAUGACUUUGAUGAAAUUGAUGCAUUAUACAACCAACUUUGAACUGUCUAGAUUCUAGACUGAAACUAGUGUUAAGAAUAUUGUGUAAACAUGGAUUGUUUUUAUGUCUAAACAGUGGCGUGAGGCUAACACUUGGCCAUUUAGUGGUUUAGUCUGGUAUUUUUCGCCAUCCAACUUAGAAUUAAAGUUUCCUACAACUUGGAUUAUUAUUGACAGCACAGAAUAUCCCGUGAUAAAACCUAAAGCUCCUAGAGCUCAGACAACCUUUUCAUCAUAUAAAAACAGAAACACUGAAAAUACUUGUAUGUUUUCGACACCUGGUGGUUUAGUCAACUAUGUCUCUAAUGCAUAUGUUGGUUGUACCAGUGGCUGUGAAAUAGUUGAAAGAUGUAGAAUAGUUCAAUUAUGUGAUCCAGGUGACAGUGUGAUGGCAGACAAAGGUUUAAAUGUGCAAGAUUUGUUUGCUCACUUUUUUCAAAAAAAGAAACAGAAUUAGUUCCAAAACUCUUAUACAGGAUAGAAAAUUAAAGUCUCCAAUUAACACGUGCACAUAGAGCUAAUUAUUGGACUUGGCAAAACAUACAAAAUUCUAAUAAAUCCUAUGAAUGGAACUGAAACAAAACUUUCAUCUGAAAUAACAUUUAGUUGUUUUAUGUUGUGUAAUUUAACUAAUUUUAGAACUUGUAUUGUGCCAAAGGAUGCAUAAAUAAAAGUGACGCAAUGAA